AUGGUGAAAACAAUAUUUAAUAGUCAAGCAUUUUAUAAUAUAAAAUUCAAUGUGGGAGAUUUAAAAAAGAGAUAUAUAUCCUUCCAAAGAAAUUUAGUACAUGACAAUAUCAUUAAAAAGGAAACACCAAAACAUGAGCAAAAACCUUUAGGAUCGUACCCAGUUCCCCCUGAAGCCGAAAUGAUGUGGAGAAAUAGGCAUACAGCAUAUGGGGGAUAUAUUCAACAAACAAUUUCACCUUUUCAACAAAAAAUAGUAUAUCCAUUUUGGCACAUGGCUCUUGCUCGAUGGUGGGCAAAAUUUUCGUCAUAUCUAUGGUGGUGGAUCUGGCCUUUUGCAAUAACGCAUAUCAUUUUAUGGAAAAUGUUCCGUGAUGCAAAGAAAUAUGUACAACAAAAACAUUGGUAUUGA